AUUAAAUUUGUUGAUUGGAUAGCAAAUUGCUUAGGUAUAUAGAUGGGGGAAGAGAGUUCAAAAUCCAAGAGUUCAUACACCAAAGACACAAUCAUCUCCGAAGAUUUAUCUGAGGAAGCCGCUUUCUUGGUGGAUCGUCUCCUCAGCCGCGUGCAACUCCACGGGGACAACUUUCCGGCCCAAUAUGAAUCUUUCUCUGAACUCACUCGCGGCUGCCUCAAGGUCCACAGCAUCCAUCCUGGCAAAGUCUCCUGCAUUCUAUCUGUCAAAUCUGCAAUCUCGAAUAUUUAUGGUAGCAUGCAUGGAGGAGCAGUUGGAGCUGUCGCAGAGAGGGUGUCAAUUGCCUGUGCUAGAACUGUUGUAGGAAACGAUAAGAAACUCUUUCUUGGAGAAUUGAGAAUGUCAUAUCUUUCUGCUGCUACAAGCAAUGCAGAGGUGCUUGUAGAUGGGACUAUCAUUAAGAGUGGAAGGAGCAUAACUGUAGUUGCAAUUGAUUUUCGGCUCAAGGACUCGAAGAAAUUGGUCUACACCUCAAAUGCAACAUUCUAUCACAUGCCUGUAGCAAGUUUAUGAACUCAAACUCAACACAUCACGUAGAUACAUUUGCUAAACCCGUUCAGCAGCUCCAGCUGAUAUACAAUAGCAAAUCAUUGAUAUAGACUCAAGACUCUUAUCUAUAAUCACCAAAGCAAUAUCUCAUAUUAUCUGAGAUUCCCUUAUGUAUCAUCUUUGUAACUAAGUGCUGCUUGUCGGAAUACACAAUUGAACCAUGAAUUAUUGAAAGAGAACGAAGUGAAAAAUAAUGUACAUCAAUC